AUGCUUCUUGCUACCGCUGCUGCGCUUCUCUUCUCUGUGGCAGUGGCCCAGGGCGACUGGAGCGCACCUCUCAGCAAGCCUGCUAUCCACCCCAACCUGGACUUUGUCGAGGAUGGCCUUCAGCGGUAUUUGCCAGAGAUUUCAUUUACGCUGAACAAGUGGACUGAUAACCGCAUUCCUCAAGAAUGCAAGAGCCGGGUCAGCAACGCCAACGACUUUGACAUUUACGAGAUCCAUUAUGAUGAUUGCGCGGAGCCUUGGCUUCUCUGCCACAACCGAAACGCCCCGGUGAAGCCUGAGACGGUCGCCAGCCAGUUCAGCAAAGUGCCCAUCGGCAUGCGUCAAUGGGUGCGGCUCCUGAUCGACGUCCCGGCCGGCUACACGUCCGCCUACAACGCCGGCGGCACCAUCCUCAUCAACAACGCCAACGCCCGCAUGAUCAGCGUCCUCGUCCACGAGACCGCCCACUCGACCAACAUGGGCGGCUUCCCCGGCGACAACUUCCAGGGCCUCUGGGACGGCUACGCGCAGGACGUCGGCGUCCCGGACAACUACGCAAAGUCCAACAUGAUCGAGAACCUCGCCCAGGUCACGGUGGUGUCGGUGUUUGACGAGAACGUGCCCGGGGGCAUCGCGGGGGUGGACCCGGACUGGUGGAAGAUGCAGAACCAGAUUCGCGCGAUGCAGAGGUAUGGUCGGAUGGGCGGUUCGACCACGACGCUUCAUGUUCCGGGUCAGGACAAGGAAUGUGUUCACCAUGUGCCUGUAGGAGCCAUCACGACGAAGUAG